AUGGCCGCGAUUCAUGUGGCUGCUGACCACGGCCACUUCCAGGCUCUGGAGAUGCUCGUCACCCACGGAGCAGACAUAAACGCAAUCACACCCAGGCGGUACACCGCAUUGCACAUAGCUGCCCGGAAUGAACACUCCAGAUUGGUACAGUAUCUGAUUAAAAGCAAAGCCGAUCUCAACGCAAAAGACGAAUCGGGACAGACACCAUUGAUGGGAUCCAGCCCAGCUAUACAUAUCAUCCUCCUCAAGGCCGGAGCAGAUCCAAAUAUUCCUGGGUACGACGUUAACACCGCUCUUCACUACGCUUGCUAUUAUGGAUGGGUCGACGUUGUCCAGCAACUUAUAGCUUGUGGCGCCGACGUCAAC